CUGUGAUGUCCGGACGAAGUGAACUCGUAUCAGACAAAUCAGUGAAGUUGUGCAGGACACGCAGACGUCAGGAAACAUGGCCUGUACUACACAGUCCGCCAAAGACUAUGUCAGGAGUGCCAGAGUCCACCUCGUGAGAGAAUUAAGAAAUCUCUCUGUGAUUGUGGAGAACUUGUAUCAGCAAGGCGUUCUUGGUGAUGAAGAGGUCAGCAAAAUACAGGCAGAGAAGGAUGACUACGAUAAAACCAGAAAAAUACUGGACUCAGUCACAAACAAAGGGGAAGCUGCCUGCUAUGAGUUACUCAAGAUUAUUGACAUGAUGAGAAAGAGAACUUUAGAGAGGCCUCCUCUUCAUCCUGAGAAAGAGAAGUUUGAUCUGCACCACUGGAUCAGCUGCUUUUCUUUCAAAGAGGACACACAAACGUCCUCUUUGGAUGUAAACUAUUUACAAGGACCAAGUUCGUGCCACAGAUAUCAGGAAAAGUUAAAGUCAAAAGCCAAAAAGCUGUCAAAUGAGUUUUGGACAGCAAGUAAAAACCUGUUUGAAGAAAACAAGAAGCCUGAUCUGUCGUACACUUCACUUGUACUAGACACAGAGGAGAGCGUUCCUCCAUCUAAAAUAAAGAAAGUGAAGAAAAAGAAAGGCAAACUGAGUCACCCUAAAAAGCUGAGGACAUACAUCCCUGAGGAGAAAGCAGACUUGUCUCCCAGUGACCUGCUGAAAACAGAUAGAAACAUCCUCUUGGUUGGAAAGCCUGGAAUUGGAAAGACAGCACUGACUCAUGAAAUGCUGAGACUCUGGGCAGAAAGAGAAACCAAUGAGCUUAAUUACAUGUUUUACUUUGACACUAGGAAAACCUCACAGAUUAUGAAUGCCAAAAACUUGGAGGAUCUUCUUUUUGGUGUGUUCAGUGAACCAGAUGAAGGCAAAGAUGAGGUCUUACAGGAUAUAAAGAGAUACUCUGAGAAUGUUACAAUCAUUUUUGAUGGACUCACAGAUCUCUCUUCAUCAGUGGUGGAGAAGCUUCUAAAGAAAGAUCUACUUCCUCUUGCAAAGAUCAUCAUAACAUGCAGACCAGAUGAUGAAGAUGAAGACUUGUUUUCUGGAGAUUUUGACAGAGUGGAGGUGAAAGGCUUUAGUGAGCAGACUAUAAAAACAUACUUAUCUGCAACAGUCGGUGAAGAACAGAAGAAGGUUUUGAGUAACUUGGAGUUGGUAACUCUCUGUCAUGUCCCCAUGUAUGCACUGAUGGUGGCUGCCUGCUUUUCAUCAGAAGUCUCUCCACAGCCAUGUACAAUAACUGAGAUAUACAUCAAUAUGGUUCGUUUAUGCCUUCAGAUAAACAGCAAAACAAGGAACAAAGAUCUAAAUUCCUUCAUCAGCACCAAGAGAGAAGAAAUUCUGUCUCUGGCUGAGGAUGCUUUUCUUUCAACUGAAAGAAAAACUGUGAACCUGACAGACCUGCGCUGUGAAGACAGCUGUGUCCUCUCCUUCCUGAAACCUCUUCUCAUCAAGGCGGCUCCUACAGAAACAAUAACCACAUACGCAUUUCUCCAUUACACAGUGCAGGAGUUCUUUGCAGCUCUGUGGCUCCUGAAGAAUCCUGAUAAAAUCAGGGAUGUUCUUCAGCAGUGCCUCACAGAGGAGAAGAAGCACAUGAAACAUCUGAUCCCUUUCAUGUGUCGAUUGUUGAAUGAGAAGAGCCCGAGUUUGAUGAAGCAUCUGAUUCCAGAUCAGGACCUGAAGAAUACAUCUAACUGGUUCUUCAAGGAGCUGAUAGACACAUUUCUUCCUCGUGUGUGUGAGCAAGCUGAGGCUGAUACUGAGGACAGUGGGCUCCAUGCUGACAUACUGUUCUUAUUCCAGUGCGUGUUUGAGUCCCAGAGCCCUGAAGCAUGCAUCUACCUUCUAGACAAACUGAACUACCAUCUUGACCUCAGUGGAAAGAGUCUGGAUCCUUACCCUUGCUGUGCUGUGGCCUAUGUGCUCACUCAGUCACAGGAAAGGAAAAUAUGGCUGAACCUUGAAGACGUGAUGAUAUCAGAACAAGGAAUGAGACAGCUGUUUGGAUGCCUUAAACAUGUUGAAUGGUGUGACCCUCUGCCUCGACAGCUGUGGAAGAUUUUCCUUCUCAGUGAGGAGCAGAUGAACUUUGUGACCUUACUCAGCCUUGAUGGAAAUCAGUUACACCUUCCAGUUGAAGGUGAAAAACAGCUGUUUGAAAGAGCUGUGAAAGUGAUCCAGAGGAUGGAUACAAAGGUUAAUGUCUGCCUCUACUGGGACAGAGAAACUCCUGCCUGUCAGAGUCUGUGUGAGUCUCUGUUAGAGGCUUUGUUGUUCAUCAGCUCACUCAGCUUCAGAGGUCCAGUUUCAUGUAGCCAGGAUAAAUACCAUGGGACACUGGAGAGGGAGCAGAAGAGGCUGCUCAUGGAUUUAUGCGCGAAAGCAGCGCUUCAUGAUGGACCAAACUUCUACAAUGUAGCAAAGACUCUCCUCCCAUUGUUUCCUGCUAAAAGUGACUUAAAUAAUAUCCUUCUUGACUUGUUUCAAUAUGUGAAGAGCAAAGAGUUUUCAGGUGACGAUCAAGGGUUACAGUCAGUUUUCCAGUCAACUCCUGCAGUCUGGUCCAUAAACCUCUCAGAGAGAAAGACCUCCAUCCUCCUGGAAGUGCUGAAACUCCAACCAGAGAAGAAACAAGUGGAGCUGACAGGCUGCUCACAUGAAGAGAGUGAAGUGAGGAGUUUCCUGCAGUGUCUGCCUUAUAUCUCACAGCUCAGUGUUGUUCCUCAGAGGUCAGAUCUUCAUGAAGCAGUCAGGUUCUUUGUGAAUCUGUUCUGUGCAGCAGCAGAGAGAGAACAGCAGACAGGAGAGAAGAUACUGGAGCUGUUAUCAUCAGCGUGCACAUAUCAAACAUUCCCUGUUAAUGAGAGAUACAUGGAUGAUGAAUAUCAGAGGGAUUUCCUACUGGAUCUGUACUCCCAUGUGAAGGACUGUGAGACUAAAACAGGCCUGAGUGUCCUUCCAUCAUUACAGUCAGUUCUUUCAGCUCCUGCAGUCUGGUCCAUAAACCUCUCAGAGAGAAAGACCUCCAUCCUCCUGGAAGUGCUGAAACUCCAACCAGUGAAGAAACAAGUGAAGCUGACAGGCUGCUCACAUGAAGAGAGUGAAGUGAGGAGUUUCCUUCAGUGUCUGCCUUAUAUCUCACAGCUCAGUUUCUUUACUCUGUUGUCAGAUGAAGCAGCCAAGUUCUUUGGGAGUCUGUUUUGUGCAGCAGCAGAGAGAGAACAGCAGACAGGAGAGAAAAUACUGGAGAUGUUAUCAUCAGUGUGCACAUAUGAAACAUUCCCUUUUAAGGACAGAGACAUAGAUGAUCAAUAUAAGUGUAAUUUCCUGCUAGAUCUGUGCUCCCAUGUGAAGGACUAUGAGACUAAAACAGGUCUGAGUGUCCUUCCAUCAUUACAGUCAGUUUUCCAGUCAGCUCCUGCAGUCUGGUUCAUAAACCUCUCAGAGAGAAAGACCUCCAUCCUCCUGGAAGUGCUGAAACUCCAACCAGAGAAGAAACAAGUGAAGCUGAGAGGCUGCUCACAUGAAGAGAGUGAAGUGAGGAGUUUCCUUCAGUGUCUGCCUUAUAUCUCACAACUCAGCUCUGGUCCAGAGUUCUUCCAGAGAGUGUGUACAUCCAUCUCUGUCAGAUCCAGAGAGGAGGCCCAGCAGCUGGAGUCUCUGCUGCAGCUCCUGGGGUUCCAGCUGCUGUUAACAGGACAGUUACACAGGAGAACCUGCUGCUCUGUGGGCAGAGUUCUCAAACUGUGUGGCUCUAAAGUGGAUCUCAUCCUCACACCCAGCAAGAUGUCUGUCAGAGGGGCCGCUGUCCUCUUUAGACACACAACACAGCUGCACAGUCUGAGGCUUUCCAUUGGCAUGUCCUUGCUCCUGUCUCAGUGGGUAAGAAGAGGCAGAGUGGUCUGUCCACUGGCUGUUGAAGAGCUUUCUCUCGUGCCUGAGAAAGUCCAACCAUCAGAGAGAGUAUUGCUGAAGGCUGUCAGUAGUUUGGCUUCCCUGCUGAGAUACUGGACAGUCGGACGGUUAGACCUGACUGAGACCUGCAUCCCUGCUCAGUGUCUCAUUACACUGCUGCUUCAUGAUGGUCCUCUGACAAUCAAACUGAGUGAAAAGAACUUCCAGCAGCUUCUGGUCCUCCUCCAUGAAAUCCAGGACAAGAACUUGACUUUGUCCUUCUUGAGUAAGCUUGGUGGAGACCUGAGCUCCUGCUGUCUGAACUGGGAGCUGCUUCUCUAUCUGCUGCAGCAGUCGUCAGCUCAGACCAUCACUGUGAACCUGAGGAAGAACCUAUUCUUACAGGAGGAAACCACACGUCUGCUUCCCUUUCUGGACAGGAUUGUGUUUAAAAGGCCCAGUCCCAGCUUUGUGAUGACCUCCAUCAGAGAGCUCCAUAAAGCUCAUGCCAGUCAUACUGUACCCAGUUUCCUGAGGUCAUUUGAUCAUGUGAUCAACCUGAGCAGCAGACAGCUGGACUCAGUGGACUGUGCUGCUCUGAUCUUCAUCCUCAAACAUGGAGACAGAGUUAAACUGAACCUCCUGUGGACCUCCAUACCAACAGAGGGAAUGGAGUCCAUCCUCUUCAUACUGCACAAAGUUUCUUAUCUCAGUGUUGACAGGAAUCAGCUGCUGAGGUUCAUCCACUGCUGUGCUGCCUGUGAUGCCCAGCAGGAGGCAGCACCAGGCCUGCUGAGAGCUCUGCAGCACAGCUUGGAUCUGUCCUGCUCCUCCUGUGUGGAGCUACCAGAGGAGGAUCAGACCGAGCCUCUGAGUCUGAAAGCUGAUGACUGCAGGGCCAUCUCCACCAUCCUGAGACACAGCAGCCAGGACACACAGCUCGACCUACGAGACUGUGAGGUGGAGGGCAGCGUGCUGGACCUGCUGUUUCCUGUCCUCCACCGGGUUCGCCUCAGAGUCAGUAAAACUGUCCUCCUCAAGCUGCUGUCUCUGGUUCCUGUGAACAGUGAGAGGGACACAGUGAGGCGGGCGGUGUCCCUGUGCAAAGCUCUGGGUGGAGAGCUGGAUCUCAGCCACACCACCCUGGAUCAGAGGGUCUGUGGGGCUUUGGUCCAGAUGCUGGACUCGUGCGAAGGUCUGACAGAGCUGGACCUCAGUCACUGUUAUCUCACUGACCAGCUGUUGCUCACUCUCAUCACACAUCUGCACAAAGUCCAAGUCCUGGAUCUGAGUCACAAUCUGCUCACUGAUGCUUCGACUGCUGUGUUACUCCAGCUGCUCUCCAUCAACCCCUCCAUUAACUGUGUGCGACUCUUCAGCAACAACAUCGUGCACAGAGCAGCCUUUAAGGAACACGAGCAGUUUGAGAUCUGAAGCAGUCGUCAUCAUCAUCAUCAUCAUCAUCAUCAUCAUCAGGGAGUCGUUGGUUUCCUCUCUUCUCGUCAUCAUUACAUUAAAGUAUUGGAUGGAGUGUGAGCGCUGAUGCUGUGUUCAUGGAGUCAUCAGUGUAGGAUACAGUGACAUUAGGUCAGAGGAGCUUUGAUGAUGAUCUGAUGCUGCUGUGAUGAUGCUGAUUUUCUUAUUGAGACCAAACAAAGAAUCCAUCACUGUCCUAUCAGUGCUGUGAGCCGACCUCAUUUAUUUUCUCAGUACUUUUGUGAUAACUGUGUUUAUUCUGUUCUGCAUGUUUCAGUCAGGACAGAGUAGAGAGACUCUAUAAAGACUUCUCAGAGUAACGAUGCAAUAAGUGAACACUCAGGAGAAAACCACGUUUACAACUGGAAGAAAUGAUCCUAAAUAUAUAAACAUGUCUCUUAUUUUUAGUUCAUAUUUUAUAUUAAGUGAUAUGGGUGAUAAUGGUCAUUUUCUUUCUUUCUACAACAAUGUUAUGAGAUUUUCCUCAUUUUUGUGCAGAGAAAAUGACAGUUUGAGAGAGAUGGUGGGAUUGUAUCAUUGAUGAACAACUGAGUUUACAACGUCUGUGUCAGUCCCCUUUAGGUCCAAAGGUUUCACUCAAGAGCAUGAAAUGAGGUGUGCUGUGAAAAUGCAGCAGCAUCUUUGUUACCAUUAAAACCAGUUUACCUCUCAGACAUCAGCUGUGGCAUUUUUUCAUCAUUCACAACAAGACACUCGUUUAUAUCUGUCUCACUAUUGUACUCAAAGAAACCCCACAUGGGACUCUGCUGCUUUCUCGGUAGAGACAGCUGCUGAGAAAGCGGACCAGUACGGUGAGCAGACACACACACACAGAGUGAGGUACUAUAUCAUGCUUCCAGCUAAAACUGCUAGA